UUGAGUAAUUUUGUAAGCUGGGUUUGAAAAUUCCAGCUACACUCAGACAGUCAAUACUUAUUAGAGGCACCUAUGGACAAUAUGGACACAACUGGAAAAGUAAUAAAGUGCAAGGCGGCAGUAUUGUGGGAGAUAAACAAACCAUUCAGCGUUGAAGAGAUUGAAGUUGCUCCGCCAAAGGACCAUGAAGUUCGCAUAAAGAUAUUAUCUACUGGAAUAUGUCGAUCAGAUGACCAUAUAACACAUGGAGCAAAUAAAGGACAGAACUUUCCAGUGAUUUUAGGUCAUGAAGCAGUCGGUAUAGUAGAAAGUAUUGGUGAUGGAGUAACUGCAGUCAAACCAGGAGACAAAGUAAUUCCACUGUUCAAUCCUCAAUGUGGAGAAUGCAGAGGCUGCACUGAACCGAAGAGUAAUAUGUGUAACAAAUCAGAUAUGGGCAGGUUUACUGGUUUGAUGUCUGACAACACAAGCAGAUUUACAUGUAAAGGACAGCUGGUAUAUCAUUUUGCUGGCACAAGCACCUUUAGUGAAUACACCGUGGUGGAUGAAAUAAGUGUGGUGAAAAUACGUGAUGAUGCUCCCCUGGAUAAAGUCUGUGUGAUUGGCUGUGGGUUUUCCACAGGAUAUGGAUCUGCUGUUAAUGUGGCUAAGGUUGAGGCUGGCUCCACAUGUGCUGUAUUUGGAUUGGGAGGCAUUGGUCUCUCUGUGGUUAUUGGAUGUAAAGUAGCCGGAGCUUCCAGGAUUAUCGGUGUUGAUGUAAAUAGUGAUAAGUUUGUGACAGCUAAAGAGCUAGGAGUCACUGAGUGCAUCAACCCAAAGGACCACAAGAAGCCCAUUCACGAAGUGAUACAAGAGAUGACUAAUGGGGGAGUUCAUUAUUCUUUUGAGUGCAUUGGAAACACAGAUAUCAUGAUUUCUGCGCUUCAGUCUAGUUACUUCAGCAUUGGAACAACAGUAAUCAUUGGGGUGGCUCCUUCACUAUCAACAAUCUCAUUUGAUCCAAUGCUGGUUCUCACAGGACGUACUUUAAAAGGAGCUGUAUUUGGAGGUUUUAAGAGCAAAGACUCUGUUCCUCAACUUGUUUCCGAUCUGAUGGCAGGAAAGUUUAAUGUGGAUAGAUUGCUGACUCACAAAUUGCCUUAUAAUGAAAUAAAUAAAGGUUUUGAACUGCUGCGUACAGGGAAAAGUAUACGCACGGUGCUGCAAUUCUAAAAGCCUCCAAUCUUCAGCUGAAAUUUCUUUUGAUUAUUCUGAGGGUGAAAUGAAAAGAAAACAUUGGCGGAAGUUUUUUUGUUUUUUUUUUUCCAGAUAAUUUCUAUAAGUAUUUUUCAGCAAUAUUUUUCCAAAAUUUUCAAAUUAGUGUGCUAGCAGAAAUGUUUACCACAUUUAUUGCUAUUCUGUGACUGUAUGAACUACAAUUUAAAAUUGUAUGCUUUGUGCAGAGAUGAAUUCAAUUUAAGUAUCUAAUUUGUAUUCCUCAAGCUUAUUACAUACACUAAGAUGCAGAUAUGAUUGAAUAGUCCAUGCAAUUAAUGUUAAAUAUAGAUUUGUAAACACACAUUUACUGAAAAGUGUAUUUUACUCAAUUCUUUCAACUGCUAGUUGAUAUAACCUGUUAAUUUGCUAAAGAUUUUAUUAUAUUCCACCAUGUCACUAUGAUUAAUUUCAAUCUUUCAAAAAUGUACAGGAUAUAUAUUCUCAUCUACAUAUUUUAUGUGAUUUUUGUAUAUCAUUGUUAUGUAUCACAAUAUAAAAAAAUGAAAUAAUUACAAAAAUCCUGGUUUUAAAAGUUAAACUAACACUAAUCAGUUGAUAUGUACUGUAGUUAAAUGUUUAAUUGCUCAAAACCUGGACCAUUAGAGUGCCUUGAGGACUGCAUUUGGGAACCUCUGUCUAGACUCCAUGUGCAGGACUUGUUUACGUGCCUCUAUAAAAGAAUCUGUAUGUGCACAAGUCAGUCAGUGUUAUUUGAGCACCACAAUGCUGUACGACUGUUCAGUACUUAGCCAAAGAGAGAUUGAUACCUUGUUGUAUUGACUGUUGUUUGUCUUCAAUCACGUGUACUCUGCAAUAAAACCCACUCUGGUUUGGAA